GUGUUCAAUGCAUUCUGAUUUUGCGUUGUUGAGAAGUGAUUAGUAUCAAAAAUUUAUAAAAUAUGUGGAAGUUUAUUCAAUUCACGAUAUUUUUCAGCGUGCUGCGAUUUGGUGCAAGUUUGGAGUGUUACAGUUGUGAACUUGCAAAGAAUUCGAACUGCACAGUUCCUCUGGCUGGUACUCUACCAGUUUGCAACAAAGCACGACCAUAUUCUAGGAACAAAAUUUUUCAUUCAUUUUUGAAAGACAAUUCGACAUAUGAUUUAGAUGAACUUGAGAAAAACAAAGAAGAAGAAAGCUUCCGAUGUCUGUUGGUUACUGGAGAAAGAGUUUUCAAUCAUGGAUUUAUAGAAAAAGGUGUGAUUAGAGAAUGUGUCCCUGCCCGAGUCACAUGUGAAGAAAUAAAGAAAGAUUUAACAAAUAAAGGAGCCCGGGAUCUAAAUUGCACCAUGUGCGACACUGACUUGUGUAAUGGGUCUUUAGACCUCAGAAGUUCAUUCGGAAUGACAAUUUCUUUACUUAUAAUAAUAUUGAUAUAUUUUCGAAAAUAAUAGUUUUUCUUUCACAUGCACUGAUAAGAAUUUUGCAAUAUUGGCUAGAUAUGUACAUAUUACAGU